CGACAAAUAAGUACUGCCCGAAGUUACUUUUCCACACGAGCGAAGUCGCUCGCAUGUAUAACUUUACUUUAUUAUAAGUAGUAAUAAUAUGUAAAAAAAUCGUUAUGUUUUAUAUUGAGUAGGGUAUGAUAUAAAUCUACGCCUUUUGAAUAUUUAAACUACGACCAAAUAAGUACAGAGUUAUUAUUAAAUCAAUCUAAGCUAGUUAGUCGAUGUCACAGUCAAUCUCCGGCCAAAAGAGUAUAUCACAGUCUGAGUCACAUUGCAUUGCGCCAUGCAACGCACUACCUGCACCAAUUCGCUAAUUGCCCCCGCUUGAGGCCGACGCCUUACAUACUCCCAGUGGGUCCGAGUAAAACGUAGUGUUUAUGUACUCCUUGGGCCCGAGUGCGAACAUGCUCUGUCCAAUCGCACGUUUGCUCCUCAAUCUCGCGUAUAUUAUAGGGGCACAUAGCUUCUGUGGCGACAGUAUCAAGUGGGCGCACCACUUUAACAUCGAGGAUGUGUACGGCAUGUGGUAUGGCGUGGGGUACGCGCAGCACACCCCCGACAUGACCAACAAACCUAACGAGAUCGGCUGCGUCACGCUCCACAUCACUGACGUCACCACUGAACCCCAAGAUGAUUGGCUCGACUGGUCUAUUCAAAAGCAUAACUAUUCAGACGAAAAAUGGCGUUCUUACAAGAACAAUCCUUGGGCGUCUGACGAGGUGAUAUCGGGCUCGUGGCUGGACAUCCCGGUGAAGAGAGAUGUAAAGAGGAGCAUCUACGAGAGGCGGCUGCGUGUGGUGUGGGAUGAAGACGGCCAGUCCAUCGAGCAGAGCUAUGUGUACACCCCGGAAGCGCCCGGCCUGUGGACUGCGGACCAGCGGAGACCCUUAGAGAGGAAAAUGAUGGAACAAGGCAUAGAUUUAUGGUAUCCGGACGAACCACCAAGACAUCCUCAAGUCAUCCGCGUCUUGAAGGUUACUCCCCAAGUCAUGAUCAUCAACCACUGCUCGGACAUCGGCGGCGGCGUGUUCUCCCUGAUCCUCAGGCGGUCUCCCUCGAGGGUCCACCGGUGGGAGUGGUACGACUACAAGCGACAGUUCUAUAACUUCGACCUGCCUAAUGUCCAGCGGUAUUCUGCAGUCUGUGCCGGCUGCAUGGAAACCAGCUCCAUGCUUUAUAUAGUCAUCGGAUUCAGCUUUGUUAGAAUGGGCAUAAGGUUUAUUGUACUAGGAUAGGAAUAUAAAACCUGUAAUAAAAUAAAUUAUUAAAGUAAA